AUGACCGGAUGCCAGUCUGCCAGCCCCAGACUGGAAGCCCAGAACGUGGGCUGCAGCUUGCAGGUCAUGGAUUCAGCCGCCAGCAGGGACUCGGGGACUCAGGGAGUGGCUGCCGACGGCUUUGGGCCCUGCGGCGGGUACUGGCCGCUUCAGGGGACCGACAUGGGGGAGCUGAACACGGGGCCAGGGACAUGGAUCACCCUCCUCAGGUCUAGUCCGCCAUUUGAACCCAACCAAACCCGACGGCGACUGGAUGUGCUCAAUAUUGCCAUGACGCUAUCGUGCCGACAGAGGCGCUAUGCUUUCCAGGCUCUGUCUGCGCCGGCACUGUGA